AUGACUACCAUUUGUUCCCUCUAUUUGAUUACAAGCAUUCAUUCUUUCUUCCUAAUGACAAGCAUUCAUUCUUUCUUCCUAAUGACAAGCAUUCAUUCUUUCUUCCUAAUGACAAGCAUUCAGCUCAUUCAUUCUUUCUUCUUAUUGACAACCAUUCAUUUUGUCUUCUUAAUGACUAGCAUUCACUCCAUCUUCUUGAUGACUAGCAUUCAUUCCAGCUUCUUGAUGACUAGCAUUCAUUCUGUCUUCUUACUAGCAACCAUUCAUUCUGUCUUCUUGAUGACUAGCAUUCAUUCUAUCUUCUUGAUUAGCAUUUAUUCUGUCUUCUUACUAACAACUAUUCAUUCCAUCUUCUUACUGACAACCAUUCAUUCCAUCUUCUUACUGACAACCAUUCAUUUUGUCUUCUUAAUGACUAGCAUUCACUCCAUCUUCUUGAUGACUAGCAUUCAUUCCAGCUUCUUGAUGACUAGCAUUCAUUCCAGCUUCUUGAUGACUAGCAUUCAUUCUGUCUUCUUACUAGCAACCAUUCAUUCUGUCUUCUUGAUGACUAGCAUUCAUUCUAUCUUCUUGAUUAGCAUUUAUUCUGUCUUCUUACUAACAACCAUUCAUUCCAUCUUCUUACUGACAACCAUUCAUUCCAUCUUCUUACUGACAACCAUUCAUUUUGUCUUCUUAAUGACUAGCAUUCACUCCAUCUUCUUGAUGACUAGCAUUCAUUCCAGCUUCUUGAUGACUAGCAUUCAUUCCAGCUUCUUGAUGACUAGCAUUCAUUCUGUCUUCUUACUAGCAACCAUUCAUUCUGUCUUUUUGAUGACUAGCAUUCAUUCCAUCUUCUUGAUUAGCAUUUAUUCUGUCUUCUUACUGACAACCAUUCAUUCCAUCUUCUUACUGACAACCAUUCAUUUUGUCUUCUUAAUGACUAGCAUUCACUCCAUCUUCUUGAUGACUAGCAUUCAUUCCAGCUUCUUGAUGACUAGCAUUCAUUCCAGCUUCUUGAUGACUAGCAUUCAUUCUGUCCUCUUACUAGCAACCAUUCAUUCUGUCUUCUUGAUGACUAGCAUUCAUUCCAUCUUCUUGAUUAGCAUUUAUUCUGUCUUCUUACUAACAACCAUUCAUUCCAUCUUCUUACUGACAACCAUUCAUUCCAUCUUCUUACUGACAACCAUUCAUUUUGUCUUCUUAAUGACUAGCAUUCACUCCAGCUUCUUGAUGACUAGCAUUCAUUCCAGCUUCUUGAUGACUAGCAUUCAUUCUGUCUUCUUACUAGCAACCAUUCAUUCUGUCUUCUUGAUGACUAGCAUUCAUUCCAUCUUCUUGAUUAGCAUUUAUUCUGUCUUCUUACUAACAAACAUUCAUUCCAUCUUCUUACUGACAACCAUUCAUUCCAUCUUCUUACUGAGAACCAUUCAUUCCGUCUUCUUGAUGAUCACCAUUCGCUCUCUCUUCUUGAUGACGUAA